UGCCAGGCAAGUGAGACACUGGAUCUGAGGGAGCAGUGAUGGCAGUGUUUCUGGAGGCCAAGAAUGCCCAUUCGGUCCUGAAACGGUUCCCUCGUGCCAAUGAAUUCCUGGAGGAGCUGCGCCAGGGUACCAUCGAGCGAGAGUGCAUGGAGGAGGUCUGCAGCUACGAGGAGGUCAAGGAGGUGUUUGAGGACAAAGAGAAAACGAUGGAGUUCUGGAAGGGGUACCCGAAUGCAGUCUACUCAGUUCGAGACCCUGCACAAAGCCCAGAUGCCAUGUAUGUUGUGGUUCCCCUUCUGGGGGUGGCAUUGCUGAUUGUCAUUGCCUUGUUCAUCAUCUGGAGGUGCCAGCUGCAGAAAGCCACCCGACAUCACCCCUCGUAUGCUCAGAACCGGUACCUAGCCAGUCGCGCUGGGCACAGCCUCCCCCGGGUCAUGGUGUAUCGGGGCACUGUGCACAGCCAGGGGGAGUCCUCUGCACACCGGGAGGUAGGGAGCAAUCCACAGGUGGUGCUGGGGCCCAGUCGAGGGGGCAGAGCCACGGUCCGCCUCGAGAGCACCCUCUACCUCCCUGAGCUCUCUCUCUCCAGGUUGUCCAGUGCCACCCCUCCCCCGUCCUACGAGGAGGUGACUGCACCCCAGGAGAGCAGCAGUGAGGAGGCGAGUGUCUCUUACAGUGACCCACCCCCAAAGUAUGAGGAGAUAGUGGCCACCAAUCCUGGCUCGGACAAGUAGUAGGACUCAUGUCCUGUCCGGUGUGAAAGCCUCUUUCAGGGGUCUCAUAUUUUCUUUUUAACUUUUCAAAGACUGUGCCACCACAAAACAGCCUUAGCCUCCUUGUUGCCAAAUAAUUUCCUAACCGUGGAUUUGUAGGAAGUCAGUUGUCAGAGACAGGUGGAGGGGGGUAGGGAACACACAUGUGUCAAAGCCCCUGGGGAGAGCUACAGGCCAGAGAGCCCAGCUCAUCCAGAAGCCCCCAUGCUCCUGCCAUCCUGUCCUCUCAUCAGGAACUGGCUUCUCUUAUGCCAAAGGUAUUACCCGAAUGAGUUGAUUGUGGCCAGAAUGUUCAUAGGCUCAGGCCUUGGGACUGUGCAGCCGGCUGGAGACCUAUCUGUGAUUGGAAACCUGGGCCACAGAGAUGAGGGAGAGAAGCUAGCUCUUCAGCAACCCCAUUUCCUCAAGAGUCCUGUGCUUUCUGUCCUGCUUACAUUUUGAGGACAGGGACAAGGACUGAGGAAAAAACAA